GUCGCGUCGCAGCAGCAGGUCAAGGACAAGGCCGUGGACGUGAUAUGCCAGGCGAUCACGGAGAAGCUCCCCAAUGUCAAGUUCAGCCCCGAAUGCAAGACGGACGUCGAGGCCGUCUGGGACGCGGCGGUGGCCGAGCGCCUGCAGGUCGCGUCGCAGAAGCAGGUCAAGGACAAGGCCGUUGACGAGAUCAGCCAGGCGAUCGCGGAGAAGUUCCCCGACGUCAAGUUCAACCCCGACUGCAAGACAGACGUCGAGGCGCAGCUGACGCUGCCGAGCUCGGUGGACAUCGAGAAGCUCAUCUGCGAGGUCGAGUCGCAGAAGCAGGUCGAGGACUAUGCCGCGGACAAGAUCUGCUUGGCGAUCGCGGAGGAGUUCCCCAUCAUCAAGUUCAACUCCGAUUGCAAGGCAGACGGCGAGGCCGUCUGGGACUCGGCGGUGGCCAAGUGCCCUCGAACGCAGCUGGCGCCGCCGUGCCCAGCGGACAUCGAGGAGCUCAUCUGCGAGGUCGCGUCGCGGAAGCAGGUCGAGGACAAGGCCGUUGACGAGAUCAGCCAGGCGCUCGCGGAGAAGUUCCCCAGCGCCAAGUUCAACCCCGACUGCAAGACAGACGUCGAGGCCGUCUGGGGCGCGGCGGCGGCCAAGCGCCCGCGGGCGCAGCCGACGCUGCCGAGCCCGGCGGACAUCGAGGAGCCUAUCUGCGAGGUCGAGUCGCAGAAGCAGGUCGAGGACAAGGCCGUUGACCAGAUCUGCCAGGUGACCACGGAGAAGGCCCCAAACAUCAAGUGCAACCCCGACUGCCAGACAGACGCUCAGGCCGUCUGGGGCGCGGCGGUGGCCGAGCGCCCGCGGGCGCAGCUGACGCCGCCGAGCCCGGCGGACAUCCAGCAGCUCAUCUGCGAGGUCGCGCCGCAGAUGCAAGUCAAGGACAAGGCCGUUGACGAGAGUUGCGAGGUGCUCGCGGAGAAGUUCCCCGACGCCCAGUUCAACCCCGACUGCAGGACAGAUGUCGGGGCCGUCUGGGGCGCGGCGGUGGCCAAGUGCCCACAGGCGCAGCUGACGCUGCCGAGCCCGGUGGACAUCGAGAAGCUCAUCUGCGAGGUCGCGUCGGAGAAGCAGGUCGACGACAAGGCCGUCGACGAGAUCUGCCAGGUGAUCGCGGAGACGUUCCCCGACAUCAAGUUCAACCCCGACUGCGAGACAGUCGUCGAGGCCGUCUGGGGCGCGGCGGUGGCUGAGUGCCCGCAUGCGCGGCUGACGCCGCCGAGUCCGGCGGACAUCGAGAAGCUCAUCUGCGAGGUCGAGUCGCAGAAGCAGGUCGAGGACAAGGCCGUUGACGAGAGUUGCGAGGUGCUCGCGGAGAGGUUUCCCAACGUCAAGUUCAACCCCGAUUGCAAGACAGACGUCGAGGCCGUCUGGGGCGCGGCGGCGGCCUGGCGCCCGCAAGCGCGGCUGACGCCGCCGAGCCCGGCGGACAUCGAGAAGCUCAUCUGCGAGGUCGAGUCGCAGAAGCAGGUCGAGGACAAGCUGACGCCGCCGAGCCCGGCGGACAUCCAGCAGCUCAUCUGCGAGGUCGCGCCGCAGAUGCAAGUCAAGGACAAGGCCGUUGACGAGAGUUGCGAGGUGCUCGCGGAGAAGUUCCCCGACGCCCAGUUCAACCCCGACUGCAAGACAGCGCAGCUGACGCUGCCGAGCCCGGUGGACAUCGAGAAGCUCAUCUGCGAGGUCGCGUCGGAGAAGCAGGUCGAGGACAAGGCCGUUGACGAGAGUCGCGAGGUGCUCACGGAGAAGUUCCCCCAUGUCAAGUUCAAUUCUGAUUGCGAGACAGACGCCGAGGCCGUCUGGGGCGCGGCGGCGGCCAAGUGCCCGCGCGCGCAGCUGACGCCGCCGAGCCCGGCGGACAUCGAGAAGCUCAUUUGCGAGGUCGUGUCGCAGGAGCAGGUCGGGGGCGUG